CGUCGUUUAUGCUGAGAAGGAUUCGAAAUCGAUUGUCGAAAAAAACUCAAGUCGAUCAACAAAAUGUCGGAUAAACAAAAUGCUCAAAAAAGUGCUAAAAUAGCAGCUGGCGCCGUGGUGUGCGUCGAAAGCGAGAUCAGAGGGGAUGUCACUAUUGGUGCCAGAACCGUGGUCCAUCCCAAAGCCCGCAUCAUUGCCGAGGCAGGACCCAUAGUCAUCGGAGAAGGCAACCUCAUCGAGGAACAAGCUCUUAUAAUCAACAGUUAUCCAGAGAACAUAGCGCCUGACUCUGAGGGAGUGGAGCCAAAGACGAUGACCAUCGGCAUCAACAACGUGUUUGAAGUUGGGUGUAUGUCUCAAGCUUUGAAAAUUGGGGACAACAAUGUCAUAGAAUCCAAAGCUGACUUGGGCAGGAACAUGAUUCUAACUUCUGGUUGUAUCAUCGGCGCCUGUUGCCAGGUCAACACCUGUGAGGUCAUACCUGAAAACACUGUCAUCUUUGGCUCGGGGUGUCAGAGACGUGUGCAGACAGAGCGACCACAGCCUCAGACUCUUCAGCUCGACUUCCUGAUGAAGAUCCUCCCCAAUUACCACCACAUGAAGAAGACUGUCAAAACCACCUCCGCUGUCACGCCGGCCAAAAACUAAACCCCACCAGCUCCCGGGCCAAAAAAUGUACCUCUCUGGCAGACAGCGAACGAAGGAAUCUCUUACUACUCAAUAUGUACUGCCACUACUUUAACAAGAAUCUAAAGAAUGUCACUGAACUGUUCUCCUUGUCUCACCACACCGAGGUCCAGUUUCCCAGACCCAGCAGGAUUUAAAUAGUUUUGUCCAUGAUGAGGCGUGACCGGUGACUGGGAAA